AUGUUCUACAUUGCUAUGCAGACUCCUGAUCACUGGUGCCAUGUACCUGGUCGAGAACACACCAACCUGUCACUCGAGGAGUGGAAGAACUUCACUGUUCCCAGGGAAGGAGCUGCAUUCAGCAAGUGCUUGAUGUAUAACCAGAGUGAUGUGAGGGACUUCAGCAACAGGAGGGAACCUGUGAAGUGCCAGCAUAGUUGGGAGUAUGACAACACCUGGUUCUCACUGACAGCGACAUCACAGAUGAAUUGGGUCUGUGACAACCAGCAGACUGUUAAUACCAUCUUGUUCUACUCACAGAAUAUUGGAGUGGCAUUAGGCUUACUCUUUGGCUAUGUGGUUCAGAUGACUCUUGCCGAUGACAGGUACGGCCGACGCCCCCAGCAGUUGCUGUACCUGUCAGCCCACGUGGUCAGCAGGCUGCUGGUCAUGCUCGCUCCGCACGUGCUGCCGCUCUUCAUCCUGGCAGAGUCACUCGUCUCUGGUGCGGCCGGGCCAAUGGAGGAGUCUUUAUUGGCUGUCGGCCUGGAACUUACAGACAUCAAGCACCGCUCUGUUAUCAACCGCUACGCAUCCUGUAGCAUGGCCCUUGGAAUGAUGCUUGCUGGUCUGGUGUCUUGGGCACUGCCCAACUGGAACUAUUUCAUGUCAUUUGCAGCCCUCAGUUGUUUUGCCCUGUUCUUCUUCUUCAGAUGGUUUCCACAGUCUCCGCGCUGGCUGGCAUGCAGGGGUCGCGAGCAGGAGGCACUGGCAGUGUUGCGUGACAUCGCGACCACCAACGGCUCCACUGUGCCUGCAUUUGCCUUGCAGGUUAUCCAGACCGUGGGCAACAACAAGGCAGACAGGACAGGCUUCCUGAGUAUAUUCUCCAGCUGGAACGUCUUUAAGAACACCGUGAUCCUCAUCAUCGCCAGGUGA